AUGUCUGAAAACGACCUAUUCCUCAGCCUGCUACGGCCCGCCGUCCUCCAUAUUCUGCGCGCGACGGGCUUCCAAUACGGAAAGCCUUCAGCCGUCGAUACCAUUGUAGACCUGACCGCGCGCUAUCUUUCUGUCCUGGCAGAGCGCACAGCCUAUAAUGCCUAUUCGAAUCACAACGACCUCACUCCGGACAUUACCGAUGUGCGCAUGGCAAUGCAGGAUUGCGCCCUCCUUGUGCCAACCAUGACGGCAGGAGAGGAGCUUUGGAAGGAGAUUUUGCGGAAGCCUCUUGAAGAGUAUAACGCCGAAACAGGCGCUCGCGAGAAUGAGGCAGCGCGGCGCGACGCCGAGGACACGGCAGAUGUGACCGAAUUCAUAGAAUGGGUCAAGGGCGAGCAAAACAAGGAAAUCAGGCGGAUAGCAGGUGUCUACAAGCCGGUACCGACAAAUCCGACAGAGCAGCUUGAUCAGGAAGAGAUGGAGGAUUAUUUGAACACCUUGAUGAAGAAACACAGUAAAACGGGCGUCGAAUCAAGAUUCCAAGGCACGGUAUUGGGAGUACCAGCUGAGCCCAAGACCAUCAAGAUUGAAGGAGGAGCCGCCGAGUCCAUAGAAGAGUGGUGUCGUAAAACCCGCGAAAGAGCCGCCAAAGCAGCCGAAUCAGAACGGGAAAGCCGUGAGCCCACACAUCAUGUCGAGGCGAGAGAGCCUUCAGCAGACGUGGCGAUGGAAAUGGAGUAGCAUCCCUGGGUCGAUUUGCAUGCAUAGCGUAGGCGUUGGGGUUUGAAUCAUUUCGAGGCGUUAUGGACUACCCAGUUUCUCAGGUCGAGAAUCUUUUGGGGACAGGGGAAUUCGGAUUUGCAUUGUACGCAGUGGGACGCACAUGGAGGAUUGCAAGCUAUGCUCAUCCUCAUACGGUACAUACCAUAUCGGGUACUACACCACGAGAUCGCGCAUCCGCGAUAUGGUAACUACCAGAUAUCGAAAAUCAAUUACGACAAA